AUGGCGGACCUCCACCGCCAGCUGCAGGAGUACCUGGCGCAGGGGAAAGCCGGCGGGCUGGCGGCCGCGGAGCCGCUGCUCGCUGCGGAAAAGGCGGAGGAGCCCGCGGCGGGGGGCGGGCCGGCGGGGGCGUGGCUGGGCCGCGCGGGUCUACGCUGGACGUGGGCGCGGAGCCCCGCGGAGCCAACGGCGGCAGUGACCUCAGCGUGUUUUCCCAGCGUGACGCGCGCGCAGCGGCUGGUGGCGAGCGGCGUGUGCCUGCUGCUGGCCGCGCUCUGCUUCGGCCUGGCCGCGCUCUACGCGCCCGUGCUGCUGCUGCGCGCCCGCAAGUUCGCACUGCUCUGGUCCCUGGGCUCUGCGCUGGCGCUAGCUGGCGGCACGCUAUUGCGGGGCGGCGCGGCGUGUGGGCGCCUGCUGCGCGGCGAGGAGACGCCGUCGCGGCCAGCGCUGCUCUAUGUGGCCGCACUGGGCGCCACGCUGUACGCGGCGCUCGGGCUGCGCAGUACGUUGUUCACGGCGCUAGGCGCCUGCGUGCAGGUGGCCGCUCUGCUGUCCGUGCUAUUCGGUCUCUUGCCCCGGGGUGCGGUCACCGCGCUGCGGCUAGCGCUCGGGCGCCUGGGCCCGGGAGCCGGCCUCGCCAAGGCGCUGCCGGUGUGAGAAGCCCCGGGGCCCGUGCUGUCGAGCAAGGACGGACGGAGGUCCUGUACGGAGGCGACGCGGAGCCCGGCCCCGCGACUCGCCGUCGGAAGACCACCGGGAGUCGGUCCCUGGCGCGGCGCGGACGGAGCCAAGGACUGCGCCCGCCGUCUUCCAGAUCGCGCUGGGUAGAGGCUGCUCCGUUGUUGUGCCACCGAACCUGUCACCUUUGAGCAGCUGUUCUAAAACUGAGACUUGAGCCGCCUCGGAAGCUCUUCGGUUUCAGCGUCUUCCGCCUUACUGUUGCAUGUGCUAUGAAAUCGGGAUGUUGUGGUUGACUUGGUGAGAGUACUGCUGUGAAACACUCACGGUAAAUUGCUUUUGCGUUAACCGUGGUCUUAGAAUGAGCGCAGUAAAAAAUGAAUGGCUCAUCAGUUUUAAUUAGCUGCCCUUGUGACUUUUCUCAGACUUCUACCUUUUGUCGUUUCAGAAAUCCAGUGGUAGAUUGUAGUAGCUUAGCUACAAUACCCUUUUCUUUGGCUCUCGAAAAUUUAUUCUUCCUCAAUGAGUGGAUUCUUAAGGGUAUCAAAUUAAACACUAAAUUUAGCCACCAGGUUUUUAUUUAAGUACUUUAGUUAAGACCGUUUACCUCGGUUUUUCUUUUUUUUUUUUUUAAGUGAAAUUGUAAAUAUGGUGCCUUAUAAAAUUGAAGGAAAAUUGGUUUUGUAUUAGACAUGAAAGCGAUGUACCAAAAAGUAAAUGCCCCAAGCAUGACCUGUCGAUGAUGCUAUGAGAGGUCCCUGGGCAGAACUGGGUUGGGGACUCCUGCCAGACAAGAGACUUCUACAUGCAAAGUUCUGUAUUUGACGGAAAUUGUGGAUUUCUACAAGUCCUAAUUUAUCAUUCCUAGUUUUACUACCUGCUUUUUAAAGUGCAAUUUCUAUUUUGUAGGCUGAUUCUAAUGCAGUGUAAGCUGUUUUUCAUAUCUGACACGUUGCCUCUUAGGUUCAGCAUUUACUCUGGUCUUUGACUUCAUUGCAUACCCUAAUGUAUUGCCAAAAAGUUUGGACUCAGUAUUCCGAUGAGUCCAGAAAACAUGUUUUGUUAGUAGCUCUAUAUUAACCAGAAAGUAAAUGUACUUAGGAUUUUCAAAUUCUUUAUCAGUGGGUCUCAGUUCACAUCAAAAUUACUUGAAGAACCAGAUCAAUUCAGCCAGAAUCUGGAGAGGGGCGGCGGGGAACCCAGGCCUCAGUAAUUUUUUUAGAGCCCUCCAGAUGAUUCCCUGUUCAGCUAAGGUGGAGAACUACUUUUCUGUGCACUGGAUUGCACAGUUUGAAAAUAAUUAUUUUCUGGGGCUGGAUUCCACUUUGCCUAAACAGGUGUGUCAGGCAGCAAUAGAGCAUUGCCUCCUUUUGCUCAAUAUUUAUAUUCCUAGAUCCUGAUCAGUGUCCUAAUCCCUGCCCCAACUUCAUGGGGGCUCCGCACCCCAGUAUUCUCUAAGAAUUACUGCCUUGUUCCCCUUUCAGUAAACAGGGCUACUUACCUACCUCAAGAGGAACAAACAAGAGGGUGUUUGUAGUAAAAGCACAUGUUUUUAGAGGGAUUUUUUUUUUUGUAAUUGGAAAAAACUUGUGCCAUUGGCUGCUCCUUCUAUCCCCUAGUUAAAUCUCUGUCCUAGUUCUCAAUUUCUCUAGAAUUUGCACAGCUGAAGAUCUGACAGUGUUUAGCCCAUUUUUAUGUUGAUGCUGUUAUGGUUUUUUUAAAUUGUUUUCCCAGCAUUUUCUCAAGAAUUCAAACACCGAAAAUGUAGCAUUUAUAAAAUUCAAAGCACAAUACCUUGUAUGUACUUGGUAGUAAUGUUCUAAAAGUUCCUAAGUAUUCAGUAAAUUACAGUGUAAAGAUUGCAGUUUUUUUUAAAGGAAUUCUUUCUCAAAAUGUGAUGUGGUUAUCUGUUUGCUGAGGUACUGUAUUGUUUAAAGCUGAAGCCUAAAAUGUUAUGAUGGUAAAGAUCUUAGCACAUGAAUCUCAGAAAAAGCCUCUCAAUAUGGGUUUGGUCCCUGGAUCCCAUUUUAGCUUAUCGGAAUUUGAUUACAACUUCUUAAGCUGUGCCAGUGGAGGACAAAUAAAGAAUGUCCCACAAACUUGAAGCGUUCUGGAGACUCCUAAUCGUGUGUUCACACUGACAUGCUGGUAAACGUCCUUAUAUUUCAAAACAAAGUGAAAAUUAUUCACUUGUAGUCUCUAGGUUCUAGCACCCUGAAGAGCAGUGUGUGUGCAGAAAUAACUUACCUUUUGCCAUGUUUUACAUUGACAGGGAACCAAUUAAGAGGGUUUUGUUAUCUGUCCACCUGUGCCAGCAUCCCUGUCUAGGCAAACGCUGAGACUCCCAGCACCAAUGAACUGGCCAGGUCAGCUGGUCUCCAGUACCAAAUUGAAGCUGGCAAAGUAAUAAGAUGUUAGGGCAGCCACGGGAAUAUCCUUUGAGUAAUAGUUUUCUUAUAAAAACAAAGUGUGUGUAGAGAAAAUAUGGGGUUAUCAAAACUGAACUUUUGCUUCCAAUCCAAACCGGGCCAAAUGUUAACAUUUAUUUAAAACUAAAGGAGUUUGUUGGGGAUGAGAACUUCCUGGCUUUAAGCUAGAACUAUUCCCUGCCUUAAACACUGGUAGGAGAGAAAGUUUUGCAAAAUAGUUUAGGAGAUAUUUGGUCUAUUCCUUAAACAAUUUGUGACAUGAUGUAUAGUAAUCAGAAGGGUACAUGUAGUUAAUUUCUGGCUUACAUCAGGUUCCUCUCAUCAGGAACAAGAGAAUUCAAGUCUUAAGUGUGAUUACCAGGAGAUGCACCCAAGGGCAAACCCCUACUUGCACAGCCAGAAGAUUUUUUUUUUCUUUGGAGUAGAAUUUUCCACCUGCCAGAGCUGGUGGGUAGCUAAGGCUUUGGAUCCACAUCAGACUGUAUUAUAGUUUCACAGUAUUUCUCACUCUUACAAAAAUAAGUGUGACAGAAUAAGUAGAGGAGGAUUUAAGACAAAGUUCACAAAGUUAACUUCGACGGCUUAGAGGUACCCAUCAAGUGUGCUCACAGAUACAAGCUGUAACUAUACACCCCUCAGCAGCCUGGGUGCGGUGGGAACGAAGGGUUCCUUAAGGCAAGCAUUUCACAACUAGUUUUCUGUUAUUUCUUGCAUAAAUCACAUUCUGUAUUCAUACAAAAACAACUUAAUGUUUUUCUCUGACAAACUGUACAUAUAGAAACAUUUCCAAUUGGACAUGAACUUAAAUUUGUGGAGGCUCCAUGUCGCGUGACACCUAAAAAAAAAAAAAAAAAAAA